AUGUUUGAAGAGUGUGUUACUUCACUGAGGAACUACAUUCAAGAUCGAACAAAUGGAAAAUGUAUUCCGCCCUGGAACUGGCUGUUUAUCAAACUCGCCUCUCUUCUGUCUCGUUAUCCUUCGGGAAUCACCAAGGCGAUUAUUUUGGCAGAGAUUCAACAGUCAUGGAACCAACACAGUCAAUUUCAGGGACUUCUAGAGGAACAGAGAGCGCGAAAGGUAUCUGUUGAUUCUGUUUUUGAAAGCAGGCGCAUAGGAUAUGAAUCAAUCCUUGAAGCAGCCGUGGAAAAUAUUGAAACAGUUCCAGAUACUCACACAAAGAUUGCCAUUUUGCGAGAUUCGACAAGAGGCAGAAAUACUCUGGGAAUGUACCUACAUCAAAAGCUUUACCAGUUGAACGAAUCUAGCGUUAAAAAACUCACCUUGCGUUUCACCAGCUGUCGCUUAAUACAAGGAAAAGGUUUGAGUUUUUCUUCGGCCAGUCACAAAGUUCAUCUUCUGCCUUCGGAAAAUGUAGUGAUUUUAUGCCAGCAGGACGAACUAUUGCAGUUUGGAAAGUUUGGCUCGCUUGAAAAUAUUAAUGUGAGUCCUUCUCCCCAUUACGGUCACAGUGUUAAGGUUGAAGUCGCCGAGUUAGGCUUUGAGGAAGCGGUCCACUUUCCUAAUGGCCAGACGAGUAACAAGAGAUGCGUGAAAGUAGUUGAUUCUGACGACGUUCAUGUGAAUUUAUACCUCUGGGAUGAACAACUCCCUUUAGCAAACCUGUUCAAAGAAGGCGACAUACUGGCUAUUCAGCAACCGUACGUGGUCCCAAACCAGGAUGAAUUGUUUUUCUUGGAAUAUGGUCCAGCUACAGUCAUAUUUUGCAUGUCACAUGCCCCAGAACAUGAAACAAUUCCAAGCCAAAAUUCCAGUACCCAGGGGACCCCUGUGAGUGUUAUCAGAGAUAGUCAAGGGAUGUUGGACUAUUCGACCUUUCCUGAACGCAUCUUUUUGAGGGACAUCAAAUCAAACAUGACAAGGGUGACAGUAUUCUGUACCAUAACCAAUGUGAGUGCCAUGGAGGUUUUCAAACAACAGCAAGUAGCAGGACACAAGUUCAUCUUAACUGUCACAGAUGCUACCAACAGUCACACUGUUACAAUUUAUGAUCACAACAGAAUUUAUUAUGAUUCACUUUUUGCUGGCCAAAAUGUUUUGUUGGAAAAUGUUUGUGCUCCAGGUAGGUAUAAAUAAAUUGGAUACCAACAAAGAGAUUUCUUGUCAGACCACUGGUCUUGUAAUUUGUGACUAGACAAUCAAACAAUGGUUGUUUGUAUGCUAUGUUGGUAAGAAAUGUAUUUUUAGAUGACAUGUCAACAAAACUCAAAAUUAUGAUAAAAUUUCUUUCUUUGGAUUAUACAUGAUACCAAGCCUAAACUAAUACAGUAAUAAAUUAUUGUGUUGAAAAAUAUUUAUGUAGACUAUGGUUCUAUCAGUUUCUUGCAACAAGAGUUUUUGAUGAAAAUUUUUUGAAAUAUUUAACCCUUUAACUCCCAUGAGUGACCAAGACAGAAUUUCUCCUUACAAUAUCAAUACAUUAUCAACCAGGUAAGUGAUGAGAAUAAAGAAAAAUAUCAAUUUGGAGAUAAUUAGUUGAUCCAACACUAAAUUCUCUGAACUAACAUUAUAAGAAUUGUAUGGUUGACAAUAAGGAGAAUUACAAUUUUGAUCUGGGAGUUAAAUGGUUAAGAGUUUUUUCAGAUUUUUGUAAGAUCAUUUCCAGUUCACUACAAAGCCUAAUCCAGUGUUACUGGUAAAGUUAGCCUCAUGUAACUCUUUUACCCUUAGCCCUUUAACUCCCAUGAGUAAGCCUUUAUACGGGCCUAAAUGGCCGAAGGGGCCGGUGCUUAACCCCGGUUUUCUUAGCAUGAAGCAGCUAGGAGUAUUGCUACUCCCCACUGGAUGGGAUGCUAGUUCAUCGCAGGGUUACCCCCAGCACAUUUGCUGAUACCCAUUUGUACACCUGGGUGAAGAGAAGCAUUGUGAGAGUAAAGUGUCUUGCCUAAGAACACAACACAAUGAUCCCGGCCAGGGCUCAAACCCAGACCACCCAAUCUGGAGUCGUGUGCACUAACCAUGAGGCCACCGCGCCUCCACAACUCCCAUGAGUGACAAACAAAAAUUUCUCCUUACAAUAUCGAUACAAUGUCAAGCUGACCAGCAAGGAUAAUAAAGAAUAAUAUCAAUUAGGGGAUUACUAGUUGAUCCAGAACCAAAUUCUCUGAACUAACACCACAAGAAUUACAUGGCAGAUAGCAAGGAGAAUUACUUUUGAGAUCUUAGGAGUUAAAGAGUUACUGAUUAAAUGACACGUUUAAACUAGCAGUCAUUUUUUUUUGCCCUUUAACACCCAAGAUGUGUGUUCAUUUCCUUACGCUGUAGUUACGAGAAUUUGAUAAAGAUAUUUAUGCUAGUCACCUGUCUGCUUUACAAUGCACUGAGAUUUUUGAGGAAAAGCUACAUGUUGAUCACUUGUGACAACUGAAUAAUUUUUUUUUCUUUCCAAAACAGGUGCAAGUUCAUCCAAAGCCUUAACCUUAGAGACAAGCAAUGGUGGAAGGAUCUGGAAUCUUAGCGCAAUGACUGGAUGGCUGGCAAGCAAGUGCUUGUCAUCUCCAGUGCCUGUCAAAGAUGUUGUCAAGUUUGAUCACUGUGUGUGUCAAGCUGUCGUCAUUCAAGUCCACGGCAUCAGUGGCAGACAUGCUGUUAGAGUUCACAUGUCGUGCCGCAAGGGAAGUGGAAAGUAA